GUAACGUGCUUAUUUUCUUCAUUAAGCGGCAGAGAUGCGGAUCUAAUGACGAAUAAACCGCGUUUAAACGCACAGCAGUUCUGUUCGAGCUCAGUGUUCACGGCACACAUGUUUAAUGAUCAGAUACACACGACACGAACACACCUGUCAUUAUUUACUCACAGUCCCGAAUGCUGUGAUGAGAUCGGACCCGGCUGCUGUCGGAGCACUGAAGCUUUGCUGUCUGUCGGUUCUGCUGGCUGGUUUGAUGCUGCCAGUGCUGCAGCGGCUGGGAUUGAGAGCGUUCUCGAUGGCGUCAGACUCGUAUUCGUCCGGCACACACUCCGCAGCCUUCGUCACCUGCCCCAAUGACACGGUGGCCAAAGAGCUGGCCAGAGGAAUCGUGGAGAAGAAGCUGGCGGCGUGUGUGAACAUCAUCCCGCAGAUCACAUCCGUGUACGAGUGGCAGGGGAAGAUCGAGGAGGACAGUGAAGUUCUGCUGAUGAUUAAGACGAGAAGUUCAAAGAUCCCUGCUCUUGCUGAAUAUGUCCGGUCGAAUCAUCCGUAUGAAGUGGCCGAGGUCAUCAGUUUACCCAUCGAUCAGGGAAACCCGCCGUAUCUCAAGUGGAUCGGAGACACCGUGCCCGAGUGAAGCGGCGUCAAAAUACAGGAACUGCAUCGCAGAUUAUGUUUUCAUCGUUUGAGUUCAGUUUUUCUCCAACAUAAAAUGUACUGUGCAACUGCAGUGAAUAUUACAGAUUUUGUUACAAACUAACAGUUUGAUUUGAUCUGCAUUAAAAGGUUGCAA